AUGCCCAAGUAUCCAAAAAAACAAUGUCAAAUAAUACAACUAACAGCUAAUCGCGAAAAGGCAAAAAAAAUCACAAGUGUAGAGAAUACUUUUCAAUGCCUUGAUAAAAAUACUAAUAACCUUCCAGAAGAAAAGUUAAUCGAACUUAUUCAAGAUUUAAGUGAUGAUGAAAAAGAAGAUGCAAUAAAAUUACUAGAAAAUAUGAGAUAUCCACAAGGAAAAAAUGAGGGAAAAAUUAUAUCCCAAUAUUUACAAUGGCA